AGUCGCUGACUCUCGUGUGGUAAUGUGCUAUACGUGAAAUUUUUCGGUUUAUUUCAUGUUUUGUGUUAAAAAGUAACUCGUUUUUGUGUGCACGAAACCGCAGUGAUCAUUUUCCGACUGACCUUUCCUUUAUUAAACCCAUGUGGCAGCUUUACUACACUUGAUUUUAACUCUAUAAAAUUUAAGGAUAAUUUUUAUUUUGCACCGUCCAUUGUGAUAACUCAGUAGUAAUAUGCAUAACUCUUGACAUCGGGCCAGGAUUUCUGGGACUGGCGCAACAGAAUGUCCCGCCUAUCGCAGUUCUACACCGUCGAGGUGGGCGACACCAAGUUCACGAUCCUCAAGCGGUACCAGAACCUCAAACCCAUCGGCUCGGGAGCGCAGGGUAUCGUCUGUUGAUUUGGAUUGAGUUUUGAGUUUGUCGGUUUCACGUGUGGCGUAUGCUUUCAAUUUUAAAUACACAAUAGAUCCUGCCUGGUAACCUCAAACGUCCCUAUACCUAAACCUCCUUAUUGUACAUAAAAAAGACUUUUAUAUACACCUUUAGAAUAGUAUUUUAAGGUAGAUAGACAACCCCAGAUACAUUCCCUAAUAUUUUUUCAACUUUUAUAUCAUUUUAUCCACCUUUUUUAAUCCUUGAAUCCCUGGUUCUAUUAUGGAUACGCGUCCUGGCUUUUCCCAGCACAUUUUUGGAGACACCGAGUUUUGGGUACCGGAAAGGUACAUUAAUUUGGAACCCAAAGGUGGAGGUGCACAGGGUUUAGUCUGUGCUGCUGUUGAUACGGUCACCCAACAAAAUGUCGCAAUAAAAAAGCUGAGCCGGCCCUUCCAAAACGUCACGCACGCUAAAAGGGCGUACAGGGAGUUCAAGCUCAUGAAACUGGUCAAUCACAAAAAUAUUAUCGGUCUGUUGAACGCGUUCACCCCUCAAAGAUCGCUGGAAGAAUUCCAAGACGUUUAUCUGGUCAUGGAACUGAUGGACGCCAACUUGUGCCAGGUGAUCCAGAUGGACCUGGACCACGAACGCAUGAGCUACCUGUUGUACCAGAUGCUGUGCGGGAUAAAGCAUCUGCAUUCGGCCGGCAUCAUACACAGGGAUUUGAAACCCAGCAAUAUAGUGGUGAAAUCUGACUGCACGUUGAAGAUACUGGAUUUUGGAUUGGCCAGGACAGCCGGUACAACAUUUAUGAUGACGCCUUACGUCGUCACUAGAUAUUAUAGAGCUCCUGAGGUGAUAUUAGGUAUGGGUUAUACAGAAAACGUCGAUAUAUGGUCGGUAGGCUGUAUUAUGGGCGAAAUGAUAAGAGGAGGGGUACUAUUUCCCGGUACUGAUCAUAUAGAUCAGUGGAAUAAAAUCAUAGAACAACUUGGUACGCCCUCUCAACAAUUUAUGGCAAGGCUACAGCCCACGGUGAGGAACUACGUGGAAAAUAGGCCGCGCUUUCCCGGAUUUUCCUUCGAAAAACUCUUUCCCGACGUCCUGUUCCCUUCAGACAGCAAUGAACAUAAUAGGCUGAAGGCUGGUCAAGCUCGUGAUUUGUUGUCCAAAAUGCUCGUGAUCGACCCUCAGUGCCGGAUAUCGGUAGACGAGGCGCUUUUGCAUCCCUAUAUUAACGUCUGGUACGAUGAACAGGAAGUAAACGCGCCUGCUCCUGGUCCGUACGAUCACAGCGUCGAUGAACGAGAGCACACUGUUGAUCAGUGGAAGGAGCUCAUCUACCAGGAAGUGAUGGAGUACGAGAGUUCUCACGGCAGGGCUCAGUCGAGCGGAUCUCAACAACCCAGUCCGGCUGCUCCCAAUAAUUCAGAACCCAACGGUUACUGAGUCAUAACAAGCACAAUCCAUAGACUAGUAUAAAGAAAACCAAAGGAAGAAACCGUUUACUUAAAAAGAACAAUAAGUAGAUUUUAAUCCAUGCUUAGCAAUGCAAAAAAACUCAAGCCCUCUAAUAUGUUAGCGAAGGGAAGAAACUACACUGUAUGAUCAAGAAAAAGAACGACAUCGCGGUAGCCUUUCAAAUGACAAUCGACAAUAAAAUCUAUCGGGUCGACCUCUAUUAAUUACUAAUUAUUAUCGAAUGUCGCUUCAAAGACUACUAUGACGCCGUUUUUUUUCGAUCAAACAGUACGUAUACAUAUAAUAUGAAAAAAUCAGCAAUAGAAAAAACUUCAACGUGUGUAUUUUAUACGAAAUCGUCAAAGUACCUUAUCGUUAUUUAAUAAUUUUUAAUGGAAAAAAGUGGAAAAUGAAAAAAUGGACAGAAGAAACGCAUAAUAUGGAUGAAGUGCAGACCGAAGAGACUUUUUUUACAACUAAUAAAAACUUUUGAGCAAUUGUUAUUGAUAUAUACAUAACGGGUUGACGCAGUUAUUAUUAUUAUUAUUAAUUAAUUAAUAUUGAAAAAUAUCUCUAAUCAGUAUGUGUGAUAUAUGAUUGAUAUAAGGUUUUUUUAAUUUACAACAUUUUUCGUUGUGUUUUUCGAUGUAGAAGUUGAUUUUGAUCAUACCAAAAAAUUUCGUAGGUAUUUUUUACAUUAAAAAUAUUAAAUGUCUUAAAAAUUUCGCUUUUUCAACCAUGCCAUUCGUUUUUUAUGUAUUUUAUAGUUUAUUUUAUACAGUAUCUAUUUUUAUUGGACUUUGUUAUAUUUAUUAUUUCUUUGAUUGUUUAUAAACGACUAAAACUUUAUUUUGGCCACUUUUCAGUCAUGUCAUUAUUAAAUCUGUUGUCUCUGUAAACUAUACAUAGACAAUACCCUUGUAAAGUUUACAAAAGAAAACUCGUAAGGUUUACAAAGGGAAAGGCUCUGUAAGGUUUAGAGCUUUAAUACCUCUGCAAGGUUUGACAAAUAUAAAACAUCUAAGUUUUACAAAUGAAAAAAUGUGUAACUUUACAGUGGUUUUACCUCUGUAAAGUUUUACCCGGCUUUUGUAAAAUUUGCAAUGAUAAAACUUUUAUUUUGGCCACUUCUCAGUCUAGUUAUGUCAUUAUUAAUUCCGUUGUUUUAUCUAACUCUGUAAACUGUACAUAGACAAUACCCCUGUAAAGUUUACAAAAGAAAACUCGUAAGGUUUACAAAGGGAAAACCUCUGUAAGGGUUACAGUUCUCAUACCUCUGCAAGGUUUGACAAAUAUAAAACAUCUGUAAAUCUUACAAAGGCAAUGCCUCUGUGUAAGAUUUACAAAGGAAAAAGCGUGGCAACUUUACAGGGGUUUUACCUCUGUAAGCUUUACCCGGCUUUUGUAAAAUUUGCAUUGAUGAAACUUUAAAAGUUUACAGAUAUAAAACCUCUGUAAAGUUUACCGAAGGUAGAUUUCUAUAGAAUCAAAGUUCCUUCCAUAUCUCUUUAUUUUAGCAUCUAUUAAUUUUAAUUAUGAACUUAUAUUUUGUAUUAUUAUAUUUUAACCUUAUCUUAAAUCAAAUUUUAUUAAAGGUAAAGUAAUUUGAACUAAUUUUUAUUUAAUUCAAGUAAUAGAUGUGUUAAGUUAUUUUUUAUAUUCUACAUUUUUUUAAAAAUUUCUAAAUUAACUUAAUAAUUUACUCAAAAAAAUGAAAGACUGUGUGAAUCGUCCCUUGAUUCUGAUAAUGCGCGUGCAAUAACCAUUGAAACGUCUAUAUUUAGUUCGUUAAGAUCGCUCUAAGAAAAUUUUUGGUGUGACAAUCAAACUAGUUAUUAUAGUUAUUUAUUUUAUUUAAACCGAAAACCAGACAUAGUUUAGCAAAAUAUUGGAAACCUUAAAAAUAAGUUUAAAACAAUAAUAUUAUAUUAUUAUUAACAUAUAAUGUGAGUGAAGAAGAUUGAGAAAAUCACAUCUUAGCUUGUAAAAUUUUAGCCUUUUUUUGGUUUCUUCAAGUAUGAAGAAACUAUGUUAUAUACAGUGAUACACAAAAAGUUCUUGUGAACAGCUUGACUGUCAUUGUAAAUUUUUUGAUUUUUAUUCUCUUAGACUUAACGAUUAAUUGUUUCAAGUUCUUUAUUAUUUAUAAAUAUUGUUUUUAUUUUUAUAGUAUAUAUGUUUUUCUAGAUUGUAGCGACUACUAUAGUAAUCUUAAGGAUUUUAAACUGAAAAUGAAGUAGAAGAAACAGAAGAAAAAAGUGAAGACGAUGAAGCACAAUUUAGCAAUUUAAAACAAAUAAGAAUUUUGCGUUUAUAAAGUAAUAAAAGUAACGUUAAAAAAUAUUUGAAAAAUCCAUCCGAUCCAUUUAAAAUUGUGUAAAAAGUUACAAAUUUAGAUAGCGGAAUUUUAUAGGUAUAUAACUUGGGUACCUUUGGUUUCGUCUUGGGUUUGUUAGCCUUGAAAAUCGAACCUUUUUCGUUUAUAAAAUAGUUUGUUAGGAACUUUUCAUAAGAGUGAAGAAAUUUAAAUACAAAAAAAACUGUUGGUCAUUUGAACUGCUAUGGUUUAUCCCAAAAAAGUUCAGAAUAUUACCUAUAAUGUUAACUUUACAUAUGCAAAACUUUUGUAAGGUUUACAAAUGAAAAACCUCUGUAGCAUUUACAGCGAUUAUACUUGUAAAGUUUACAAAAGAUUCGCAAAGGUAAAACUUCUAAAACUUACAGAGGUAAAACCUCUGUAAACUUCAUAGAAAUCAAUUUACAUAUGCAAAACCUUUGUAAGGUUUACAAAUGUAAAACCGCUGUAGCCUUUACAGUGAUAAAACCUAUGUAAAGUUUACAAAGGUGCAGCCUCUUUGUAAGAUUCGCAAAGGUAAAUUUUCUAAAGCUUACAAAGGUAAACCCUCUGUAAACUUUACAGAAGUCAAAACCUUUUUCUAAAAUUAUGGUGGUCAUUUGAACUCUGGUAUAUCCCAAAAAGUUGAUACGUUUAAAAAUUGUUUCUUUAAUGUUAACUUCACGUUGUAAGGUUCACAAAUGCAAAACCUCAGUGACUUCUAUAGCGAUAAUACCUCUGUAAAGUUUACUUAAGGUGAAACCUCCUUGUAAGAUUUGCAAAGGUAAAACUUCUAAGGUUUGUGGAGAUAAAACCUCUAUAAAGUUUACAGAGGUAAAGGUGCACUUUUUAUCUCUGUAAAUUUUCUGUAACGCUUACAGAUGUCAAAACAUGCUUCUGAAAUUACUUGGUCAUUUGAACUACUGUGGUUUAUCCCAAAAAGUUCACAGCAAAAAGUAAGAAAAAAUAUUAAAUUUUCAACAGAAAUAUCUAUGAAAAUCUAUAAGUUAUUUAUUAGACAAAAAACAUCUGCUUUUGACCCAAGAAAAAAAUCAGUAUUUUUUUAUUUGUCGUGAACUUUUUGGUUCACCCUGUAUAUGAAUCUAAGGGGCGUUUUUUUAAAUAUUUAACUGUAACGUUCUGUAGUUCAAUAAAAGUCUAAGAACAACAGACUGUUGUAGAGAACUUUAAGUCAGUGUUUUGUAAUUCUGUCAAGCCUUUACUUUAAUGAAUAUACAGGGUGUGUGAGAAUUUUUAUAGAGUUCCCUGUAUAUUCGUGGUUAAGGUACAUAUAUAUUAGACCUUAUAUCAAAUUUUUGAAUAACAUCUCGAGUUUUUUCAAUAUUUUUUUGAAACGAAUUUUUGUUGAAACACGCCCUGUACUAUGUGUCAAUUGAAAACGGUGUUACGGUAGGCGUAGAAUUAUCAUUUUUUGCCACAUAGCACGCACACCUUUAUCAAAAAUAUUUUUUCUUAUUUAAACUAAACGCAAUAUUGCCUGUAGGUCAUUUAAACUAAUUAUAAAAAAACGUAAUUUCACGAUAUACUGGGCGUUUUUAAAUGAACGAACGUAUUUAAAUUUGGUCGCUCUUAUUUAAAUUUCACAAUUAGUGAACUGAUAAUUAAGGAGACUUAAGAUAAAAAUAAAAACCUAGACUUAUAAUAUGGUAGAUCUUGACUUGAGUCACACAACACUGUAAAUGUCCAGCUGUUAAUUUAUUUUGUUAUUUUGUAUUAUCUCGUGUAAAGGAAAAGAAAAACCGUUCAAAAAAAUAAUGUCGACUGUGUAAAUAAAUGAAUAAAUAUUUCAUUUUGUAGUGGAAAGAAUAAAACAACCAAACGUAGACUAUAUAAAAAAUGGUGUAAACACUUAGAUGGGUAGACUGCUUGUUCGUAUAUUUAUUUCGGUUUUGUUCAGGUUAUUGUCUUUUUCAGUUUGGUUUAUUGAGUCCCGAAAGAAAUUGUAACACGGUUGUUUUUAAAAAACACUUUGAUCCGUUGACGAUCACUUUUAGUACUUUGUAGUGUACAUUCAGUGCUUGUAUUGUUCUGGCUUUGUAAAUAAAAGAUACAAGAAACGCAA